UGUUUUCUUUAACCAACCGCAACAGAGCAUAUCACCUACAAUUAUUCCGCAGCAUGUCAACCAUGACUGUUCAUGUGAUCCGUGUACAAGCGAGGGGAAUUAUUCUCUGUUGGCAGUGAGCGACAGAGUGAGACAGGUUGGUAGUCAGCGUUGUGAAGAACUCAUUGCAGUGAUGGAUUCUGGAAACGACAAGGGGGAGAAAGGAGCCGAGGCGAUUGCCUUGUCUGAAACGUUCAACAACAGCGACUCCGGGGAAAUACAAAAGUCAUCAGCGAGAGGGGCAUGGAGUUCACAGAUCGACUACCUCUUGUCUGUGAUCGGUUACUGUGUUGGACUUGGAAACCUGUGGCGCUUUCCCUAUAUCUGCAAUAGAAACGGAGGAGGAGCCUUCCUCAUCCCAUUCUUUGUGUGUCUGGUGCUGUGUGGCCUUCCUCUGUUCUUCCUGGAGGUCGCAGUGGGACAGUUUUCUGGAAAGAGUGCAACCCAUGUGUGGAGCCUGUGUCCCCUAAUGAAAGGUGUUGGGAUCGGGAUGCUGAUUAUGUCUGCCGGCACCGUCGUGUACUACACCACCAUCUGCGCGUGGGCACUGUACUACACCGUCUUCUCCUGUCGAGCUGUCCUUCCCUGGACGGACUGUGGCAACUCGUGGAACACUGACAACUGUGUGAGAAGCCUGCAAGUCAUGUCCCAAGGACGAACUGAAGUCAGCAACUCUACAGUGUUAAAUGGGACGGAUGUGAACUCGAAACUAACAGAGUACAUCAACACUACCGUCAGUCACAGGUGGGGAACCAAUGACAGCCUGGCCCACACGGCGGCAGAGGAGUUCUGGCAGUAUAAAGCUCUCGGUAUCAGUGGGGUGUCCAUGUUAACCCAACUCACCUGA